UAUUCACCAGCCUCCAUUUGCGUAGCACCGAAAGUCGACGUCGCACCUCCGCUCGUGAAGAUUCUCCACGUUGGAAGUUUUCCGCUCGUCGUGCUGCUGGGGAAGACACAUGCUCUUUCCAUCGCGAACUACCUUCGUCCGGACUAGCUUAUUGUGCGGAAAAAUUUCGUUCCCCAUAUCGAAAGUGCAUCCUUCUUGAAGAUUUGCCAUGCAAAUUUGUGACCACGAAUGCUGUCUGUCUUGCAUGAAGGCAAGUGCAGACAGUCCGGCACGCUAUGCAGGCGAUUUGUAAUGCGGUAAGGCCUAUAAGGAAGAUGUCUGUCAUGCGAGGCGCCUACAGCAAAAGGCCCCAGCCUAGGCCUCGGAUCUGCGCGCAGUCCUCUACUGCAAGACAGACUCGAGCUGUGUACACAAGUCCCGCAUCACAGAUUUCGAUUUUAAUAUGGGGAGGGGGAAUUUUUUUUCACCUUGAUAUAGCUCGGUCUGCGGUCUUCAGGACGAUGAUUUCCUUUGCGGCGGGAACAGCACUGCAGCUGUUCUUUAUCAAAUGCAAAAAUGUCUGGGUCUGGAAAUUUGUGAUGCAAAUCUCUGAAUGGUGGGCGCACUAAAAUAUGCAGCCAAGCAUGACAAGUUUUUGCACUGCCAUGUGUUUCGUUUUCUGCAUGGCAAACUGCGUUUUUGCAUGACAGGCAAGAGGCCCCGUUCCUGCUUACGCAUCACAGUAGAUCCAAGAGGCAUGCCAGACAAGCAUAACAAGUCCUACAUUUUUCCAGACCCAGACAUUUUUGCAAUGCAUAUUCUUUACGGCGGAACUUUUUUGUGGUUCUUAUUUCCCGUUGUGGUCCGGAAAAACAAGUGCCGGCGCACCAGUAGUUUCGGCGGCUGUUUUGAAGACGGGAUCUACUUCUGCAGGUGUGCCAGAUGAUGACGAACAUGAAGUAGAUCAUGAUCUCCUUGUUGGUAAUGCGCAUCAAGACGUCCGGAUGUUGUCCAAGUUCUUUGUGGCAGAAGAGGAAAAUAGACAAGGACAAGACAUAAUAUCCUGAGCAAAAGUAGCGACGUGGUCCCCAGCCCAGAGUGAGCAUAGGAAUUUUGCAACACAAACCAACAAGGUUUAUUGGGUAAGUAAUAUCUGGCCUCCUGACAAGUUUGUGUCUCUAGGAUUGAUGUCCGAUGGUUGGCUAGUGCAGAGGCAUCACAAAUCUAAGUGGCUCUUUUUGCUGAUUAGAGGAUCACCAAAAAGUUCCAGACAGCAUAAGAAACUGCUGCUUAACAUCAGGCUCCAACUGCGCAUGAGAUACUUACAACAAUCUGGGCAUGCAAAUAAGUAUGCAUAGCAAGAAGUCUCGGAGUGGAAGGGGACACACACGUUUUUCUUACGCACAAUUAUACAACAACUGCGACGAGGUGGAGCCUAUGCACCCGGACUGGGGCCACCACGUUGUUGUUAUCGAGCCGCCGAAGAAUGAUGCGGAAACGAAAAAUCUGCAGACAGUCUUGGAUAACAUCUUCUCUGAAGGAAAGCCCCGGCCGAAUUACCCAAAGGACCAGCCUUGGUUUCCCUGGAAUUUCGAAACGAACAUCGAGCGAAACAUUUGGGGCGGACAGGACUCUCUGGGUUACGCACUGGAACGGGGGUCGUGCCCGGAAAAGGGGCUAUUGCUGCUGAAGGAGAUGGAACAGAAAUGCAGAAGUAGAGCUUCUUCUACAGUAUUAGAAACAAGACCUUGUUCUGGUGGAAAAGACCGUCAAGAGCAAGCCCCCGCGGAUAGAAAUAUUAGCGACGAGAUAUUAGAUGAUGGUAAACAUAAAGAUUCAUCCGGUCGUCGGUGUUCACGCAGCAGUGUAUCCACUGGAGGGGAGAAGUUCUACCCCAAAUGCCUGCAGAAAUCCUCUAUCCUGAGCAACCGUGAGCGUCCCAGCCAGGACUAUCGUCAGGAAAAAUCCCACCUCCCCGUAUGGAAAAGGAACGCCUCAGCGAAUUUGUGAUGCUGAUAUGUGGCCACAAAUCGUGUUUGUCUUGUUAGAAAGCAACGACAUGGGCUCCGCCCCAUUAUGCAGGCGGUUGGUAAUGUUGUCGGUCCUACAGCAUAGACGUUCGCGUUCCUCAUGCUAAGGGCCUAGGCCAAAGCCGCUCGACAUUGGCAUGAUAUGGGCCUGCAGUCCUCUACUGCAAGACUGUGCGGAAGUCCAGCAUCACAAAUUUCGUUUUCGAUAUGGGGGGGCAUCUUUCCUUUUUAUAAGGGCCGUCAGUUCGCGAGGAUCCCGCACAAGGCGAAUAGAUUGAGCGAGCUAUCCUGUGCAAAAGUAUCGUACUCGUAUAAAUGCAAGUCUUGCAUCACAAAUUUUUUUUGUGAAAGCAAAUCAGCAUUACAUGCUGAGGAAAUUUGUAAUGCAUUUAUACGAGUACGAUACUUUUGCAGUUCAUACGAGCAGCUUUUCGACAAUUUGAAGCGCGACGAACCAAACAGGAUAUCUGUGAACAACUUCCGGGACACCGAGAUCCCCACGUACCCGGGUCGCGAGUUUGACCGAUCGGACCAGUCGCGGGUGCAAGUGUUGUUCAAACCGGGAAAUUAUAGAGACAUUUCCAUCACUCCGGGGUACUAUCAAGCGUACUACGGGCUUGGGGAGACGGCUGAUCAAGUGAAAAUUAUGCAUUGCAAAAGUAUAAUCGUACUCGUAUAAAUGCAUUACAAAAUUUCUCAGCAUGAGAAAAUGCGGAUUUACCUUAAGAGAAAGAUCUGUGAUGCAUGGUUGCAAUACGAGUACGAUGCUUUUGCAUAGGAUAAAAAUUCAGCAUCUGCAAAUCCCGAACGCCAGCGAGUUCACCUUCGGGCCCGGCGGCACCUGCAACUUCUGGCGGUCCGUGGAAAACAUGCGGAUUCUCGGGGCGGUUAACGCCGCGGUCUCGCAGGC